GUUGUAGGAGGCGCUCACGCGGAGAGACGCGGAGGCGGAGGAGCUGCACGACAUGCUCGAGUGCGUGCAGGUGCUGCACGGCGUUGCGCUCGUGCGGACCCCGUCAGGGCAGCGCUCCGCUCGCGACGGAAUCGACGCCCUUCGCCGCAUCGUUUUCGAGGCGGAGUCGGCGCGGCUUCGGGAGCUCGAGAGCGGCGAGGACAGUUCGGAGGGCGCCAUCGCCGGCUUGCGCGCCCAGCUGGCCGAGCAGCACGCUCGGCUGCGCAAGCUCGAGCCGCUCGCCGGCCGGGCGGAGGCGGCGGAGGCGGAGGCGGAGGCGCUGCGCGACCAGCUGCAGGCCCUCGCGCAGGCAAAGCUGCACCUCGUCAGCCAGAGAAGCAGCCAGGUGAUGGCCAACACGCCGGACAAGGGGCGCCGCAACUGGUUCGUGUGUAUGAAAGCCCUCCUCCUGGGCUCCACCACGCGGAACCAGAAGCUCGGUUAUGUGCUGAGCACGCCGAGUGCUGGGACGGUGUUGGAGCAGGUGGACGAAUCGGAAGAGCCAGAGUCUGAGGUCGAGCCCGCCGCAGAGGAGCCGGCGGGCUUUCUCACCAAGAUAAAGGCAAUGGUCUCACCACGAAAAGAUACGCCAGCGGAGGAGGAGGACGAGGUUGACAUCGAAGACAAGGAGGGUGAGGCUGAGGUGAAGGAGAAGCCGCCCUGCUGCAAGCCGCCGUCCUGCUCGAUGCCAAAGUGCUCGAUGCCAAAGUGCUCGAUGCCAAAGUGCUCGAUGCCAAAGUGCUUUCCGCAAUGCACGAAGAAGGUCGAGGCGCCCGCGGAGGAGGCCGUUUGA